AUGACUGCUUUACAGAACAAGUACUCUGGCUCUUCAGUGCUGGACAUUGAAAAGAACCAAAUUGUCACUUCGGAACAUUCGGUUCCAGAAAAGAAAAAAUUCAGAUGGAGAAUUGAAGACACUGACUCUCCUAAGGAGAUCUACAACUGGACCCUCUACCUUUCAGUGUUUGUGUUUGGUGUAUUGGGUGCUGCUCGUGGUCUUGAUGAAGGUUCCAUUUCUGGUAGUGUUGCUCAGCCAUCUUUCAAGAAACAGUUUGGUUUGGCUGAUGAGACGAAAUCUGCGAACGAGUUGGCUGACUUGAAGUCCAACAUCACCUCGAUGGUCCAGCUUGGUUCUGUCGCUGGUGCCAUGAUCGCCAUGUACACUGUCGACAAAUUGGGCCGUGUGAAUGCCUUAAGAGAGGUUUGUGUUAUUUGGAUUGUUGGUGUUAUUAUUCAGAUUACUUCUUAUGACGUUGGUCAGCUUUACGCUGGUAGAUUUAUUGAAGGUUUGGCUAUUGGUCAGACUACGACGAUUGGCCCAACCUACUUGGCUGAAGUUGCUCCAAAGCAGAUUAGAGGUCUUUGUGGUUGUAUUUUCGCUGGUGCCGUGUACUUGGGUAUUAUGUUGGCUUACUUUACCCAUUACGGUACUGCUUUGCACAUGGACGAGACCAUGAGAAUGCAAUGGGUUGUUCCAACCAGUUUGAAGAUUGUCUUUGCUGGUUUGAUUAUGAUCAUGUCUUUCACUUUUACCUGGGAAUCCCCAAGAUGGUUAUUGAAGGUUGGUAAGCCUGAGAAAGCUAUCAAAUCUUUGUCGAAGUUGAGACGUCUUCCUCCUGACCACCCAUACAUUGUUGGUGAAAUCAGUGACAUUAACGAACAAAUUGCUGUUGAAAAGGCUGCCGUUGCUGAAAACUCUUUCUUCAGUGUCGUCAAGGAAUUUGUUACCAAGAAGUCUAACAGAUACAGAUUUUUCCUUGUUGUGGCUGCUGCCCAGUUGUUGGGUCAAUGGUCUGGUGCUAACGCUGUUACUAUCUAUGCUCCUGAAUUGUUUGCUGUUAUUGGUGUUACCGGUGUUGAAAAGAUGAAGAUGACUGCCAUUUUGGGUUUGGUCAAGUUCUGCUCUGCCUACUUGUGUGCUUUCUUUAUUAUCGAUUUCUUGGGCAGAAAGACCGCCUUGUACAUGGGUAUCACUCUUCAAAUGAUUUGUUUGCUUUACUUUGCCAUUUUCCUUACUGUCGUUCCUGAGGCUGCUGACGAGGACUACCUCAUGACUGGUUCUCAAGCUAGAGCUUCCAAGGGUGCUUUGUCUGCGCUUUUCCUUUCCGGAUGUGGUUGGACUAUGGGUUUCAACUCCAUUCAAUACCUUUUGGGUUCUGAGAUUUUCCCAUUGAACAUUCGUUCCUUCGCUCAGUCUACUGUCAUGGUUUUGCAUUUCGCUAACCAGUACGGUAACUCUAAGGCCUUGCCAAAGAUGAUGAUUUCCAUGCAGCCAUACGGAGCCUUCUACUUCUUCGUUGGUGUUUUGGUGAUUUCUCUCUUCUGGGCCUGGUUCUUUGUUCCAGAGGUUGCUGGUCGUUCUUUGGAGAGUAUGGAGGAGAUUUUCAACUUGCCAUGGUACUUGGUGGGCAGAAAGGGUCCAGAGUUGUGUCCAGACCACUCUGAGCUUAACAGAAUUCACUAUGACCACGGUGUUAUGUCUUACGAAGAAAAGAACUCUUCUCAAGAGUUUGUUGAGGAUGUUGCCAAGGACGGCAAGGAUUCUCAGAUGCUUAAGAAGGUUGACAAUUAA